CAAAGAAGAAGCAGAGAAAACCCACCAGAGCUUUACUUCCUACUGUUUGCUUCCUCCUCUUCACAAGUUUUUGAGAAUGUGCAGGAAAUUGAAGCUUUACAUUAGAAUGCUACAAACUUGCAGCUUAUUCGCAAGAUUCUCCAAGAGGGUUGAAGAUUGUGGUGAGUUUGAGGAAGAGGGUAAUGCUGCAACAACGGUUCCUAGUGAUGUUAAAGAAGGGCAUGUGGCAGUGAUUGCGGUUAAAGGAGAGAGAGCUGUGAGGUUUGUUUUGGAGCUUCAAGAGUUGAACAAACCUGAGUUCAGGAAACUGCUUGAACAGGCGAGAGAGGAGUUUGGGUUUCAACCUAGAGGACCUCUCACCAUUCCCUGUAAGCCAGAAGAAGUACAGAAGAUCCUACAAGAAAGUAGGAAAGGAUAGUCUUUGAUGUUUUGUUAUUCGUAAAGAAUCAUUAGUUAACUUGAGAUUCUUUUUAUUACAAGAAUUAACUAUUGAUUCAUGUUAAUGAUCACAUUUACAAAUAGUUACAUUGUGCUGGUUCUGUUACUGGUUUUCAUAAGCAGCUUGUUAUCUCCCCAUAGUUGCAUUUUUAAGUGAAUGCAUUUUUCUCCCUAAGAUUUGAGCUAUUUGCUAGGUAAUACCGACAGAUCUGUCAAAACA